AUGGCCGGCUUUGAUGAAGAGGAAGCGCCCCAAGCCCCCAUAACCAAGAUCGUGCUUGGGAAGAAGAAACCCAAAACCAAGCUGGCCGGGGAGAAACGAAUCCCGACCGCCCGACCGAUGGGCGCAUCAACGACUGUCACCACAGCCGAAGGCUAUGUGUUCGACGCUUCGGACGUCCUUGUCACUCGGGUGACUGCCCCCAAGGGCAAAGAAAAGGCGUCCGAGAAAGAGGCGGAGGAGACCGGCGCGUUGAAACGUCGAAGAAACCAGCGGAGCCCGAGCCCUCCGGUCGGGGCUAUCAAGGGCGACUCGUCUAUCCUCACCCGGAUCGGUAAUGCCGGGCUGGUUAAGGAGGAUAUGACCCAACUCACCCCGACCCAGGUGGCUGAGAAGAUUGACCACCGCCUGGCCGAGAUCUCCCGAGCGACCCAGCUCCUUCAACGCCGAGCACUGCUGGCCAAUGAGGCCGAUGCUUUGAAAAAGGUCGCCGAUCGGCGACUAGAGGAGGCCAAAGACCUCCAGGCGGAGCUCAGGAAAGCUAAGGAGGAGCUCAAGAAGGCCAAAGAAGAUUGGGACUUUUCUGAGAAGGUCGCCCAGCAGGCGGUCGGCGAAGCGGCUGAACUGAUAUCCCGACUGAACAACACGGGCGAGCUGGCCCAGUUUCUCUUCCGGGAUAUAGAGUCGGGCACCCAAUUCCUCCGGGAGGAACUGGUCUGGACGUUUGGUCGAUGGGCGUUUAAGUCCGGCCAACGAAGGUUGCGGGAGAGGACGCAAAAGAACAUGGAGCAAGCGCUUGAGGGCGAUGAUCUCCAGUUGGUCUUAACGACCCUCCCAGCAGAAAUUUCCGACCCCGGCUUGGCUCCUUUUUGCCGCGAGGAUGAAGUCGCCGAGCGGAGCAGUGCUGCGAAGAAGUAACUAGGUUUUGCUUUCUUCUUCGUUUUGAUGUAAGUGAA